AUGCACCCCACCCCCACCACCCAACACAGUCGCUCUCCCCUCCUCCCCUCUCCCAUCGGGGCGACAGCCGAGCCGCCGACCCCACAAGCCACGUCAAGCCCGGCAAAGGAGCGAGAAAACAUGGCCGUGCCCCUUUUUUCAGUCCGUGCUCGAGCCGUGAGCGAGGAGGUCAAGAAGGAUCUCAAUGCAGACCCGGACCUACCUCCUAGACAAGCUGUGGACACGCUUUCGAUAGCCGCGUCUCCCAAAUCUCCCGACAAUUGCUGCCCGGAAAAAUUACGACACGCGUCUCUGGGCAAAGACAGCAGAGACACAGAUAUCAAAUCUCGCCACGCAGCAAAAGCACUGCGCCGCGCAGUACCACGACGAACAAGGCACUCGUAA